UCUAGUCGGCAUAUUCGCACGAGCAACGUUGCGCAAACGAGAUCGUGCGAGAGCGUAUCAAUUAGACGCUUUCGGUCCCUAGGCCAUUGGAAUGGUAUCGUAUCGAAGCUUUUCUUUCGAGACGUCGUCUCUGCUGCGUCUCAGCCUUCUCGUGAUGUUGCUGAACGGGUCAAAAUUAUACUCACAGGCAACACAUGAACAUGAUCAUGGACAUGAUCAUGGACACGAUCAUGGACAUGGACAUGAACAUGGACCUGGAUGUCAUCGCGACCACGUUCAAGGCGUGCAGGAACGUAAAGUCAACGUCGACGGAGUGGACAUCAAUUAUGUGCGCACUGGGAACGGUGAACAUCCGAUCUUGCUUCUACCCGGUGGCAUGGGUUGGAGUUGGUACAACUUCAGGCCACAAAUAGAGGGACUCGACGGAGAGAAGUUCACCAUAAUUGCUUGGGAUCCACCCGGUUAUGGAAAGUCCAGGCCCCCAAACAGGACGUUCCCUCUGGACUUUUAUUCGCGCGAUGCCACUUGGGCCCGUAAUUUAAUGAGAACUCUGGGCUUCGAGAAAUUCUCGCCCGUAGGAUGGAGCGAUGGUGGCAUUUCCGCGAUGAUCCUCACUGCCAACUAUCCCCAAAACGUCAGGAAGCUUAUAUCCGUGUCGGCGAACUCCUAUUUAUCGCCAGAGGAAAUAGUGGAGUACAGAAAAAUCAGAAAUAUCGACGUUCUGCCUGACUUGCUGCGAACACAACUGACGGACUACUACGGCGAGCCCUAUUUCCGAAGCAUGUGGGCCGAUUGGAUCGAUUUUUUCGACAAUAUUUACAGAAAUAAAAAUGGCGACUUGUGCUUGGAGGCUCUGCCGAAGAUCAAAGCCCCCACUUUGAUCAUUCAAGGACAAAACGACACAGGAGUGCCUGCGUUUCAUCCAGUUUAUUUGAGAGACCACAUCCAAGGAGCAAAGAUGAAGAUAAUACCGAAUGCAACUCACCCUGUGCAACUGGAAUAUCCGCAAGAGUUUAACUCUGUAGUUACAAAGUUUUUAACCGAAGGAAUCGUAACAUAACACCCUGGUUUUGUUUUGUAUGUUCCACGCAAUUAUCUGUAGUGUUUUAUGAGAGACUCUGCUAGUUUUGCGAGAGGAAUUUGCACCCGAAGACAAGGUCGAACUUUUCCCACUCGACUGUUGCGCACCGAUGCUUUUGUAUGCCGAUUUUAGGACUAAUAUCGUACGAAUUAAAUACCUUUCACGAA